CAAACACCGCUAGAAGCGAACGGAUAGUGGGAUCCCUAAGGUGUUAAGGUGAAGCGUUGUAUUGCCCUGGGUGGGGCAUGGCUUAGCGCAUUGUCCCCAUAAGGAUUACCAUUGACGCUGUGUAGUUGCGGGGCGUUUUGUAAGGUGACGGCUGCGCCAACUACAGCUUCCAGGAUGAAUAAGAGCAACCGUCCACCCGGGUCCGAGCCUCCAGUGGAGCUAGAGAAUCAGUUUGUUCUCCGCCUCCCACCAGUGCCGGCCCAGAGCCUGCGACACGCCAUCCGCGAGGGCAUGUCCAACAUCAAGGACCGCCUGUUCAUCAGCAUGGAGUCGGACAUGCGGCGCGGCACGGUGCGCUUCGACAACUGGUACCUGCCGGCCAAGAUUGUCGAUGUGCCAACCAUGACAGAAUCAUAUAAAACUAUCGACGGCAAAAACUUCUACAAAACGGCAGAUAUCUGUCAGAUGAUGUUUUGCAAGGAGGAUGACGACGCCUCCGAUGAGGAAUCGCCCAACAAGAAGCGCCGGGACCCGAGUAAGGUGGAGAAGAAGUACCUGUACCCGCACGGCCUGACGCCGCCCUUGAAGAACGUCCGCAAGCGACGCUUCCGACGCACGCUGAAGAAAAAGUUCGUGGAGGUGCCCGAGAUCGAAAAGGAGGUGAAGCGCCUGCUGCGCAUGGACAACGAGGCGGUGCACGUGCGCCACGAGGUGGUGGACGAGGAGAAGAAGAAGGAUGAGGCGGGCGGCUCGACCCUGGCCACCAUCAAGGAGGAGCUCGGCGAGCAUGACAUAUUCGGGGAGGAGCUGAGCGACAGCGACGAGGAGGCCGACCGCAGCUUCAACCGGCUCGAUGACCCGGAGGACUCGGCCAUGUCCGAGUCCAAGUUCUCGGGCGGCGAGUCCACCAACAUGUCCAACACCAUGGACACCACGGCGGACCAGAACCAAGUGAAGACAGAGUUCGACAGCAGCAUGUUCCCGCACACGGCAUCGCCGGCCAAGUCCACGCCGUCGCCGUCCCUCUCCAUCAAACGCGAGUACUCCGACUCGCCAUCGGACGUGGAUGAGCAGCUGGAGCAGCUGCAGAGGCGCAUCUCGGACGUGCAGGCGCAGCGCGAGGCGCAGGAGGCCGAAAUGGCCGGCAUCGACAACCAGGCGCUGCGCCAGCGUUUCCGCGCCAUGGUCGAUGAUCUCGCCAACAUGGAGGCCGACUACCGGCGGCAGUACGAAGAGCUUCUCCGACAACGGAUAUAGAUGGCAGUUGGGCUUGCGCCGGGUGGCGCAGCACAACAGACGCUGCCUUCCGUGCGCUGGCGCUGGCAGACCGGAGGGAAGCCAGACCUGGCAGCCGACCCGGUCUUCAAACGCCAUCGUCGACGCAUCUUCAUUCGAGCGCCUCGUGCCCCGUGGACGCCUGGGAGCUCCGGCUAUCCGCGUGCGUGUGCGUCGCUUGCGAUCGUUCCUCACUGGCAUUCGUGAAGAGCUGGGGGUUCUUCAGUGGUCCACUCGUGAGCCCCUGGCUUGUCAUAUGCUAUCGUGAACAUGAUCCAUCCCUUUAUUCGCUCUCGCACAUAACGAAAGAGCAGUUGAGGUAUUACCAGUGCAGUGGUUUAUGUGGGGCGGUUGGACAGCUGCGUGCCGCUUGUCAGCGUCUGCCCCGUCACUGUCGGUCACUUCCAGUGCGUGGCUCUUGUCGGUUGGCAUGGCUCGGCUAGUCCAGUUCACCAGACAGGACAGCUCUGUGUAGGUCAGGGCCAGCUGGUGCCGUGUCAGUGAGGUGUGCUCGUGCGCCGGCGAUGUGUGUCAGGAAACAGGUGCGUGGUUUUCGCUGUACGCUGGGCACGCACAUGACGCACGCUCACAUGUCCUGCCCGCACUUGGUCGUGCUGCAUCUCCCAGCGGCCGGAUGGUGCGCACCUGAUCAGAAGAUGUGGUUCAGUGCGGCAAACCUC